AUGCAGUCCAACCCCUUAGCGGAGGACAAGGCCAAUGCGGCGCCAGCGUCAUCAGGCUCUCCACGGAGAAGGGAUAAAAAGGAUGCGAUUCUAAAUGAUGGCACCCGCCCAGAAAGGCGCUGGAGAAGGUAUAUCUUCGCCAUCUUGAUCAUCGUCGUCCUGGCUUUGGCGCUGGGAUUGGGUCUUGGUCUCGGAUUGAAUGGCGGGCCCAGGCAGUCGACUCCUACCUCCUCUCCUCCUUCUUCCAACAACUCCCCUUCCAACUUAACCUCGAGCGCUAGUCCGGGUUCUCAAGCUUCAUUGGAUAUACCUCCGUGGAGAUCAAAUGUGAAAGAUUAUACUCUCAGCCUCGCCGAUUGGGAUUUCAAUGCAUCACCGACGACUCGGUCCUACCAUCUCAUUCUCAGUGAGGUGGAGAUUGCUCCAGAUGGCGUUCCUCGUACAGUCCUGGCCAUCAACGGCCGUUUCCCUGGACCCGUCAUCCGUGCUAAUCGAGGGGAUCGGCUGCUGAUUUACGUUCAGAACAACAUGACCAAUGUCACGAGUGUUCAUUGGCAUGGACUUUUCCAAAACGGAACGAAUUGGAUGGAUGGAACUGCCGGGAUUACACAGUGUCCGAUUCCUUCCGGAGCAGGUUUUCUGUACAAUUUCACGGUGGAAAAUCAGUUUGGUACUUAUUGGUAUCAUACUCAUUACUCCACGGCCAAUGGCGACGGACCUGUUGGACCCCUGAUUGUCCAUGCUCCAGAGGAAGGGGAGUUACAAAAACUUUACGAGGUUGACCAAAUUAUUCUUCUACAGGAUUGGUAUCAUGCUUAUAGCGAAGCGCUUUUGCCGGGCUACCUGGCAAGUGGCAAUGAAAAUACCGAACCUGUCCCAGAUAAUGGAUUAAUCCAGGGAACCAAUUAUUUCAAUUGCUCUUCUCUUGGUUCUGAAAGUGGAUAUCCUUGUCGGCAAAAUUCCUCACGGGCCGUGUUCGCCGUGGAACAUGGCAAGCGGUAUCGUUAUCGACUCAUCAAUACUGGUGCAUUCGCAACGUUUGAAUUUUCGAUCGACAAUCAUCCUUUGUCAAUAAUUGAAGCUGAUGGAACGGCCAUCGAACCUCUUUUGGUCCAUCGCUUGGAGAUUGGAGUGGCACAGCGUUACUCCGUGGUGAUCAACGCCAACCAAUCCAGCGCCACCAAUUAUUGGAUGCGAGCUCAAAUGAACGAAUUUUGCUUCGGGGAUGACAAUCCAGUCCUCGAUCCGGAUGUGAAGGCACUCGUGACUUACACGAAUAGCACAGAUGACCCGACUAACUCCACAGACUGGCAAGACGCUCUUGAUACUCAGUGUGUUGGCCUCAACGCAUCGCUACUGACUCCCACCUUCACAUCUCCUGCCCCACCCGCGACGACACUGUAUGCCGUUACGUCCAGUUUCCAAAUUGGAGCUUAUGCUGUGGAUCUGGCGUAUAUCAACGGAACUUCAUGGGUCAUGGCAGAUGUCCCGACCUUGAACCAAGCAGUUGCAAGUCUCCGAGCGGGGAACAAUUCCGUCUCGACGUCGGGCGUGAGUUCAGGCUUCAGUGCCAACCAAUACGUAAUCAACGUCCCGGACGAUGCAGUCGUUGACCUUUUGGUUACUAAUUUCGACGAUGGGAGUCAUCCAUUCCAUCUACAUGGACACGCCUUUUGGGUCCUUGCCUCCUCGCCAGACCAAUACUUUGACUGGAAAAGGUAUGGAGAGUUGAAUACCACCCUGGCAAAUCCUAUGCGUCGCGACACUCUCAUGAUCGAUGCAUUCGGCUGGGCUCUCAUUCGAUUUGUCGCUGAUAAUCCCGGAUUGUGGGCUUUUCAUUGCCACAUUAGUUGGCAUAUGGAGGCCGGCUUGCUGAUGCAGUUUCAAACCAGAAACGACAUUAUGACAUCAUGGACUCUGCCUUCUUCUGUCACUGAUCUCUGUGCAACUUCAUAA